GCAGAGGGAGGAGGAGAGAUCCAGAGACUUCAGUCUUGGCCGUGUAGAUGUGCCAGUAGAUUACAAAGAAUAACUGACUCUUGUGGACUUUUUGUUUUCGAGUGAAAGUACUUUUUACAUGAUCUUUCGUCCAGCAAAGCGCAGAAGACGAAUACGAAAAUGAACGAGAGGAUCCAGGAAGAGCGUGUUUGGUUAUUAAAAAUUCAGCGCGGGAGAGCGGACUUGGGGGCUUUUUCGGGUGACUUGUGGCUGCUCUGAGGAUACUACACACCAUCAGGAUUGAAACGCUGUUGAAUGGGGUGAAGCGGAGCGGAUAUUCGUGUUUGAACCGUCCUAAAGCAUUUCCAAGCGGCCAAAAAGAAGCGAGAGGAAGGGGAGGAGAGGGGGCGCACAGAAAACGCCCUGCUGCCGCUGCCGCUGCCUGUUGCUGCUGCUGCUGCUAUCUCCCAAUUCAAACUUUAUCGCCGAGUUAGAAAAAUGAAUCUUUCACUCGACAAGAGGUGAUAGUCCAGCUGUAAUGUUGUAUUAACCACCACAAACCCACUCAGCGAGCUAACCAGAGCGUCCUUCGCUGGCAAGUUUUCGAAAAGCGGGAGUCUGCUUUGGGAAUAUUUUCUCCUCAUUGUGCACACUAGCUAUUCCUGUUGGGGGCGAUUUGGGUGGGCUGUGGGAGCCUGGGCUGCUGUGCUAGGCCCGGGGCCAUUAGCCAGAGACAAAGUGGCUCAUGUAAACAGAACAAACUUGAGGAUUUGACCCAGCUCUGAACUGUCGGACCGCCGCAGCCGUGGACAUGUCCGUGGGCGCAGAAAGGAGGAUGGAGACCCGGCUGAAGAAGCUAGAGGACAUGAUACGCGAUCCCAGGUCUGCCAUAAACCUGGAAAGUUUACUGGAUUCCAUGAAUGCUUUAGUCUUAGACUUGGACUACCCCGCACUACGCAAAAACAAAAACAUCGACACAUUCCUAAACAGAUAUGAAAGGGUCAUAGGUCAAAUUCGAGACCUGCAGAUGAAGUCUGAAGAUUUUGAAAGGGUCAAAGUUAUUGGUCGGGGAGCGUUUGGGGAAGUCCAACUGGUUAGACACAAAGCAUCUCAGAAAGUCUACGCUAUGAAGCUGCUCAGCAAAUUUGAAAUGAUCAAACGUUCAGAUUCUGCCUUUUUCUGGGAGGAGAGGGACAUCAUGGCAUUUGCAAACAGCCCCUGGGUCGUACAGUUGUGCUGUGCCUUCCAAGACGAGCACUAUCUGUUCAUGGUGAUGGAGUACAUGCCUGGAGGAGACCUGGUAAACCUCACCAGCACAUACGACGUACCGGAGAAAUGGGCGCGGUUCUACACAGCUGAGGUGGUCAUGGCUCUAGACGCCAUUCACUCCAUGGGCUUCAUCCACCGCGAUGUCAAACCAGACAACAUGCUGCUGGAUUGCCACGGACACCUCAAACUGGCAGACUUUGGCACGUGCAUGAAAAUGGACUCCACUGGCAUGGUGCAUUGUGACACAGCUGUUGGAACUCCAGAUUACAUUUCUCCAGAGGUUUUAAAAUCUCAGGGAGGAGACGGUUACUAUGGAAGAGAGUGUGACUGGUGGUCUGUCGGGGUCUUCAUUUAUGAAAUGCUUGUUGGUGACACACCGUUUUAUGCUGACUCUCUGGUUGGAACCUACAGUAAGAUUAUGGACCAUAAGAAUUCCCUCAACUUCCCAGAUGAUGUGGAAAUCUCCAAUAAUGCCAAAAAUAUCAUCUGUGCCUUUCUGACUGACAGGGAUGUCCGGUUGGGUAGAAAUGGUGUAGAAGAAAUCAAACGGCAUCCUUUUUUCAGGAAUGAUAUUUGGACAUUUGACACCAUACGAGAAGCGGUUGCUCCUGUGGUCCCGGAGCUGAGCAGUGACAUUGACACCAGUAACUUUGAUGAGAUCGAAGAGGACAAAGGCGAUGUUGAAACAUUCCCCACCCCUAAAGCUUUUGUUGGAAACCAGUUGCCUUUCGUCGGCUUCACGUACUUCAAAGAGGAUCAGUUAUUAAAUGCUUCCAAUAAUUCCUCUGUAACGCAUGAGAAUUCAAAAGGAGAGUCAGCAGCAUUGCAAAAGAAACUCCAUCAGAUUGAGGUCCAGCUCAACAAUGAGAAGCAAGUAAAAGAUGACUUUGAACAUAAAUACAGAGCUGCCAGUAGUCGCUUGGACAAAAUCUCCAAAGAACUUGAAGAAGAGGUCACCACAAGGAAAAACCUGGAGUCGAAUCUGAGGCAGUUGGAGAGGGAGAAGGCCCUGCUGCAGCACAAGACCCUGGAGAGCCACCGUAAGGCAGAGAAUGAGGCUGACCGCAAACGCUGCCUGGAGAAUGAAGUCAACAGUCUUCGGGACCAGUUGGAGGAUAUGAAGAAGCGCAACCAAAAUUCACACAUUUCCAAUGAAAAGAACCUACACCUACAAAAACAGCUUGAAGAGGCGAAUGCUUUACUGCGCGCAGAGUCAGAGGCAGCAACGCGGCUGCGUAAAACUCAGGCGGAUAACAGCAAACAGCUGCAGCAGCUGGAGGCCAACGUGCGUGAGCUGCAGGACAAGUGCUGCAUCCUGGAGCGCAGCAAACACAGCCUGGAGAAAGAGUGCAUCAGUCUGCAGGCCGCUCUGGAGGGAGAGAGGAGGGAGCAUAGCCAGGGCUCCGAGACCAUCACCGACCUCAUGGCACGCAUUUCCAGCUUGGAAGAGGAGGCUCGCCAGCAGAGACAAGCCAUGUCUAAACUUGAGACUGAGAAGAGACAGCUUCAAGAGAAAUUUAACGAACUUGAGAAGGAAAAAAGCAAUAAGGAGAUAGACCUAACAUACAAGCUGAAGGUUCUGCAGCAGGAGCUUGAACAGGAGGGGGCAGCACACAAAGCCACCAGGGCCAUGCUGGCAGACAAAAGCAAGAUCAAAGUUACUAUUGAGGGAGCAAAGUCAGAGUCAACGAAGGAAUUAGAGCAGAAGUUAGCGGAGGAGCGUUCGGCUAAAAUGCGUCUGGAAAACCGUAUCCUGGAGCUGGAGAAACACAGCAGUAUGAUGGACUGUGACUACAAACAAGCUUUGCAGAAACUAGAUGAGCUGCGUAGACACAAGGACAAUCUCACAGAGGAGGUGAAGAACUUGACCUUGAAAAUCGAACAGGAGACCCAAAAGCGCAGUCUGACGCAGAAUGACCUGAAGGCACAGAACCAGCAGCUCAACUCCCUGAGAACCUCAGAGAAGCAGCUCAAACAAGAGAUGAACCACCUGCUGGACAUAAAGCGCAGUCUGGAAAAGCAGAACCAAGAGCUGCGCAAGGAAAGGCAAGACACAGAUGGACAAAUGAAGGAAUUACAAGAUCAGUUAGAAGCUGAGCAGUAUUUCUCUACACUGUACAAGACCCAGGUGCGUGAACUGAAGGAGGAGUGCGAGGAGAAGAAUAAACUUUAUAAGGAAGUGCAACAGUCUCUGCAAGAGCUACAGGAAGAGCGGGACUCUUUGGCGGCGCAGUUGGAGAUUACACUGACAAAGGCUGACUCGGAGCAGCUAGCCCGGUCCAUCGCUGAGGAGCAGUACUCAGACUUGGAGAAGGAGAAGAUCAUGAAGGAGCUGGAGCUGAAGGAGAUGAUGGCACGACACAGACAGGAGCUUUCAGAAAAAGACAUCACCAUCAACUCGCUGGAAGAAGCCAAUCGCACCCUCACCAGUGAUGUCGCCAAUCUGGCCAAUGAAAAGGAGGAGCUCAACAACAAAUUGAAGGAUAUGCUAGAAGAAGCUGAGAAGUCGAAGGAUUGGGAGCAGCAGAUCAGCCAGAUGAAACAAGCAUUUGAAAAGCAGCUGCAGUCUGAGAGGACGCUGAAAACUCAGGCUGUCAACAAGCUGGCUGAGAUCAUGAACAGGAAGGAGGUGCGUGGAGGAGGUAGUCGCCGCGGUAACGACACAGACAUGAGGCGAAAGGAGAAGGAGAACAGGAAGUUACAGCUGGAGCUGAGGUCAGAGAAGGAAAAACUCAACAGCACAAUCAUCAAAUACCAGAGAGAGAUCAACGAGAUGCAGGCGCAAUUGGCUGAUGAGAGCCAGAACCGCAUUGAGCUGCAGAUGGCACUGGACAGUAAAGACAGCGAUAUCGAACAACUCAGGAACCUCCUACAGUCGCUCAGUGUUCAAUCAAUGGACUCCACCAGCAUCAGCAGCGGGCCUGAGUUUGACACUGACGACGCAUACACAGAAACCAGACUUGAAGGUUGGCUGUCUCUUCCUGUUAGAAACAACACUAAGAAGUUUGGAUGGGAGAAGAAGUAUGUUGUAGUGAGCAGCAAAAAGAUACUUUUCUACAACAGUGAACAAGACCGAGAGCAGUCUCUUCCUUACAUGGUUCUGGAUAUAGACAAACUCUUUCAUGUGAGACCUGUCACCCAAACAGAUGUAUACAGGGCUGAUGCCAAAGAAAUCCCCAGGAUAUUUCAGAUUCUCUAUGCCAAUGAGGGGGAGAGCAAAAAGGAGAGUGAGGAGCAGCUGCCCAUUGGAGAAAAGUCCAGUUACAUCUGCCACAAAGGCCAUGAGUUCCUGCCCACCCUGUACCACUUCCCCACCAACUGUGAAGCCUGCACCAAACCGCUGUGGAACAUGUUCAAGCCCCCGCCCGCUCUCGAGUGCCGCCGCUGCCACAUCAAAUGCCACAAGGACCACAUGGACAAGAAGGAGGACAUUGUUGCACCAUGUAAAGUCAAUUACGAUGUGUCCACGGCCAAGAACCUGCUGCUGCUGGCGAUAUCCCAAGAGGAACAGCAGAAAUGGGUGAGUCGUUUGGUGAAGAAGAUCCCAAAGAAGGCAGCCGGAUCAGAGCAGUUUGCACGCUCCUCACCGCGCUCCACCAUGAAGGUCCAGGCCAGCCAGUCCAUGAGGAGGCCCAGCAGACAGCUCCCGACCAGCAAGAGCAGUUAACCUUGCUUCGGAGCGUGGUGCCUCUUCAUUGUGGUGGGAUGCAGUCAGUUCCUCCUAAGACUCGAUAAAAAGCAAAGAGACACAAAACUCAACUCUGCUUGUUCUGCCUCACCCUUGAUGGCAAUCAUUUUUCAUCUCACCUGUGAGCCUCCCUGUAAGCUGUACAUCUGUUAUGGGGCAGCUGGCCCCAAUCCAACAGUGGAUUACAUUUCACCAACCCAAAUGCCCUAAACCACCACACAGCUUUUCGGCAAGACACAGUUCACCUCUGCAUCACUCAUCACAAGGCACUGUUGGACUGAAGGAAAAGUGGACUCUUCCUCACCUCCUAUGGGGACUAUUAUGGCCAAAAAAGACUUCUUGUGUUUGUGUAUUAUGAAGAUUCUAAAGGGGAACACUACAGGUUAAAUUUAGAAUCUUAAUGCAGCCUAACGUCAUUGGCUGUACUUUAUAAAAGUGUGCAGUUGUUGCUAGUAGCCUUGUUUUUAGAUGUGUGUCCGCACACAUUGGUAACAUGUAUAAGGUACUUGCAUAAACAUUUGAGGAGUGUUUGGGCAUUGCAUUCACAUUCCUGUAAGAUUCUCCUAUUCCACUGGUGUGACAAACAUUCUGCUCUGGAUUAGAUCCACGUCCUUGCCAUCAGUUUUAAGGGUGUAAUUGUUUGAAUGUACUUCUGGCUUGACCAGAUAUCACAUAGGCAUUAUAUGUAGUUGUUUCCAAAAGUACUUGACUGAACGUUCUUGAUCACGUACUAUCAUGAGUGGACUUGUGUUUACCUUCUCACUCACUUAAGUGAAGUAAACUGUGGGCCGCCACUAUCUGCAAUGGAGUCAUGCGGCUUUUCUCACAGAUAUGAGGGUAUUUAAGAGAGAAACAGAGGUAUGCAAUCAGUUUUUCAACACAAAAGCAGCACUAUUCUACUUAGUUUUCUAAAAGUGUUUGUCAUUAUAUUUUUGUAUUCAAAGUACCAGAUGCUUGGUUUGGGCACAUCAUGUAUGUGGCUGAAAGAGCAUGUGUAGAGUUGUGUGUGUUGAGUGUGAACUGAGUGCUCUCCUUUAACCAGAAGCAUGUUUUAUACAUAUAAAUAUACACAGUAUAUAUUUUACAGGCCAUACAGUGCACAUUAUAUUAUUUAUACAGCCUUGUCCACUUUGUAUUUAAGGGCUCUACAACAAUUGCAUGUUUGCUUCCAAACUGCUCUAUAAAAGUAACCACUUAAACAAUAAAGACAUGGAUGUGC